AUGGCUGAAAUGCGAAACUUCACUUGGGCGGUGGAAAAUAUUUUCAAGGAAACCUUUCUCACUUACAUGAAUGGCUGGAGGAAAAACAUUACGGAAGCGGCAGAUAAAUUGCAAGCCAAGGUUGAUGCUGAAAACUUGGACUAUGUUAUCCUUUAUUUGAUGGUGAUGAUUGGGAUGUUCUCCUUCAUUAUUGUGGCGAUCUUGGUGAGUACUGUGAAAUCAAAGAGGCGAGAGCACUCCAAUGACCCAUAUCAUCAGUACAUCGUUGAGGACUGGGGCGAGAAGUAUAAGAGCCAGGUUCUGAAUCGAGAAGACCUCAAGUGUGUGAUCCAUGAAAACUUGGGUGCAAGGGACAAAACAAGCCCUGGAUCACCUUGACUUUUUGGAAACAUCAGCAAUGAGGAAAUCAUAAAGCCACGUGCAGGGAACUCACCAGAAUUACAAAUAGCUGUGAAAUUGUUCAUUAAAUUAACAGACAAGUCAAUGCGGAACGGAGUGCUGAAGAAAUCAACAUUACUGUUUCCCAUGAGGACUUUGGCACAGCUGCUUGGAGAAUACCCAAGAAAAAUGCAUGAUUGUGCUUUGCUUUGAUACUCUGUUCUUCAGGAAAAUAAAAACAAGAGAAUUAA